AUGUCUGAUUGGCUUUCUUUGGCCAAGAGCAAUGACCCACAUAUAGUGGUAUUGACCAUGGAUGUGCAUUUGAGCUACUUUAGGGAUGAAUAUAAUUUUGAAGAAGCAUUGAGGUUGUUACCUUUUGAAUGGCAAUGUAGAGUUAUACAAAAGAGGGCUCACAAAGAUAAGGUAACUGCCUUGUGCAACAGACUUUUGCAAUUGUACGGUUGCAGGCUUGAAUUAAACACACAGGCUAUAGAUUUUACUCAGGGUAAAUAUGGAAAACCGUUUGUGAAGAACACAGAAUCAUUUAACUUUAGCAUGACCAAUGGAGAGAAUUUUGUAAGCAUUAUUAUGGCCAACUUAUUCCAAACAGAAGUGGGUAUAGACUUGGCAUCAAUAAAUGACUUCACAUCAGAGGGCGAUUUGAAAAUCUACGAAGAUGUACUCUCUACAGAAGAGUAUGAAAAAAUCAACAAUCAAACAAAUCUGUUAGAUAUGAAAAGACUAUUUGCCUUUUACUGGUCAGUAAAAGAAUGCUAUACAAAAUACUUGGGUGUUGGACUUAAUGGUGAUCUCAAGAUUAUCAACGUGUCUUUGUUUAGUGCACCACUAAUAAAUGAAGCAGUUUCCACUUUCAAAUUGAAGGAUAUCACCUUCCACUCCCGGUGGGUCAGUGAUAAUGAGAUACUAACAUAUUGUUUUCCGGCGCAAUAUGAUUUUUUAAAACCUAUACAUGCCAUACUAAAUGUAGUAAGUGUCAUUGAAGGAAUUAAAACCCAAUUCUUAACAUGA